UGCCAUGAAGUAGGGAAGGUAGAGAUGAGCGGCUUUGAGACCUGUUUGAAGAUUGUUUUGCUGUUUUGUUGUCUUUGUUUUGUCCAUGCUUAUCCGACCGGAGCUCCCACUCUUGCUUGUCAAACUAGGACUCCACAACAUAAUGGAACAGCCACUCAAAAUAGAGCCAAGCCAUAUACAGUAACUGCCAACUCAACCUACUAUACUGCUACUGAAAACGUUUUAGUGACUAUAAAGGGUACCAAUGGCGCGAACUUUAAAGGUUUCUUGAUACAGAUGAGGACAGAUAACCAGCAAAUAGUCGGGACUUUCACCGUCAUAACAACUGCUGAAAGUCAACUUCUUCAGUGCAACAAUGUGAAUGGUGCUGCUAUAACCCAUACAAAUAAUAAUGAUAAAACAGAAUUACUAGCGAUCUGGACACCCCCGGCACAACCUGUUGGAAACGUCAAAAUCGAAGCCACAGUGGUGCAGGACUUUCAGACUUUCUGGACAAACAUUGUAUCAACAUCAAUUACACCUUCUACACCGUCAACUACAACAACAGUUGGUGGAGCUACGGAUACAGGACCAACUGGUGCAUCAUCAACACUAUCGACAGGAUACGUAGGACUAAUUGGGACAAUGUUUGCACUGUAUCUCAUGCACAUUUAAAAUUACUGUUUCUUUUAAAGGUAGAUCGGGGGUCUAAGUUAUUUUAAUUAUAAAGGAUAUGGUCUACAUUUUUAUUGAAAAAAACAUUUUCAGAGCUAUCUGCUCAUGAUUCUUUUUUUUUUUAUAAAAUCCUAUUGUUAAGUUUUCUUUAUAUUCAGGCCAAAAAUGCUUUGUCCAUGUCUAAUCUAUACCAAAUCUGACAAUUUUGCACAACUUGUAGCUUGAUAAAAAGCUUAGUGGUUAUACUUUUUUAUAACAUGAUAUAAACUAUAUUUUUGCAAACUA